AAACAAAACAGGGGGCAGAAGAAAAGAAAAGAAAAGCCAAGGAAAAUAGCCGAGGCGGAGGAACACGAGCGGGGAAGGAAGAAGAAAUUUCGGAAGGGAAUCCAUCCACCCCCCGUCGGGCCAGCUCGCUCGCCACCCCCCUUCCUCCCUUCCUCCCUCCGAGCGGAAUCCCUAGUUUCCGGGGCGCCGAAUCGGGGAUCCAAAAUCCGGAGCCAGUCCACCCUCUUCCUCCCUCCUCCCACCCACUGCUCUCUUCAUCCCGCGAUUUCUGUUUCGUUUCAUCCGCCGUUGUUGCAGUAAUUAAUUAAACAAACGGGACAAAACCCUACCCUGCCGAGCCCAAUCCGUCGGUCGCCCCCGGAAUCCCAAUCCGAUCCCAAUUCCGCUGCCGGAGCACGGGAUUACUGCCCGUCCGGGGGACCGGGGGGAUGGCCGCCGCGGACGCAGCCUAGGAUGGAGCUGGACUCCUCCGGCGGCUGCUCGGCUGCUCCCGCGGAUGCUGUGAUCGUCGCCGCUACUCGGGCCGGGCUCGGAGUCGGGGGCGCGUGGCGGUGGACGUCGGCCGCGAGGGCGAGAUCUCCCCGCGCGGCCUCGGAGUAGGCUAGCCGGUCAGCGCGCGCGCGUGCGUAUGGAGGGGAGCGGCAGGCAGGGGAAGGGCGGGGCGCCGACGUGGGCGCCCAGCGAGGGCACGGUGUUCCGGCCCUUCGUCGCGGCCGCAGGGGCAGGGGCGGCUGAGCCGUCGCCGUCGGGGUCGGGCAGUGGCGUUGCCGCACGCAUAAGCAAGCUUCAUGGGGUCAAGAGGAAACCGUGCGUUGCGAGGCUAACGGCGGACAUCAUUAACACUUUUGAAAGAUGCCACCCUGAGUUUAAGUACUCAGAGACACUAAACCCAAAGCGCUUUCUCACCCAUCCUUCGACCCCAGCCCACAAUGAUGGAGUUGACAAUGCAAAUUGGGACCUCAUAUUGUAUGUCAACCUGGAGUUGGUUAACAAGACAUCAAAUCGGAGGUUCAUUGUCAAGGAAAUGCUUGGCCAAGGCACGUUUGGCCAAGUUGUGAAAUGCUGGGACACAGAAACCAACAAGUAUGUUGCUGUGAAGGUUAUAAAAAACCAGCCCGCGUUUUAUCAGCAGGCCAUCAUGGAGGUUUCACUGUUGAGAACGCUAAAUCAGAAAUUUGAUCCUGAUGAUAAGCACAACAUUGUCCGAAUGCUAGAUUAUCUCUCAUUCCAAAAUCACCUGUGUAUUGCCUUUGAAAUGCUCGGUCAAAAUCUGUAUGAGCUUUUAAAAAGGAAUCAUUUAAGAGGAUUGAAAGUGCAAUUUGUACAGGCCUUCUCAAAACAGAUAUUAGAUGCCAUGAUAGUGAUGAGAGAUGGUGGCAUCAUUCACUGCGAUCUGAAACCAGAAAAUAUCCUCUUAGCUCCGACUGCAAAAACAGCUGCAGCAGUGAAAGUUAUCGAUUUUGGAUCAGCAUGCCUGGAGGGUAAAACUGUGUACUCAUACAUCCAGAGCCGCUAUUACAGGUCUCCAGAAGUUCUCCUUGGCUAUCCAUAUACUACUGCGAUUGAUAUGUGGUCAUUCGGUUGCAUAGUUGCCGAACUGUUUAUAGGACUACCCUUAUUUCCUGGUGCAUCAGAAUAUGAUGUGCUUAAGCGUAUGCUAAAGAUUCUCGGGGGGCAACCACCAGAUGACUUGCUAAGGGAAGCUAAGAAUACGGCUAAAUUUUUUAAACAUGUUGGAAGUAGCUAUCUGGGUAUUGGGGCACAUGAUGGCCCUGGCACUGCAUACAGAAUGUUAAGUGAAGACGAGGUUGAGGGGAGGGAGACCAAAAGGCCGAAAUUAGGGAAGUGGUACUUCCCACAGCAAAGGUUGGACCAACUAAUAUAUACCUAUCCUUGGGACAAUACAAAGUUGCCAGAGACAGAAAAAGCAGACCGCGUGCUGUUAGUUGAUUUCUUGAGGGGACUUCUUGAAUUUGAUCCAAAUAAGCGAUGGUCGCCAUUUCAGGCGUCAGGCCAUCCAUUCAUUACAGGCGAACCUUUUACUGGUCCAUAUGAGCCUGUCUCUGAGACUCCAAGAAUUCCUGUUGCUCAUGCUGCAGCAGUUGAUCACAAUCCAGGAGGAGGUCACUGGUUAGUUGCAGGUCUUUCCCCUCAGGUUGGAAGUGCGAACAGAUGUCUACCUCCUAACCCCUAUCCUCCAAAAGUGCCUUUUUCUUAUGGGAGUAGUUAUGGAAGCCUUGGUAGCCAUGGUAGCUAUGCUGGCAAUGCUGGUCUUGCUAGCAGCUAUGGAAGCUAUGGUGAUGUUAAUAAUGGUAACAUGUAUUACUCCCCAUUAGGUCCUUCUGGAUUUUCACAUGUUAGCUCUAGUCCAGAUAUUAGGCUGAGACCUCGUCUCUCUUACGAUAGAGGCAUUCGAUUGAGCCCUGGAGGUAUGGGGCCUAUGUCUCUUGGUGCCAGUCCAUCACAAUUUACCCCACCAAACUACCAGAUGCAUACCCCGCCUAAUUCUACUGGGAAGCAUGGCUCUGGUUCUCCUGCUAGUGGAGGCAUUCAUGGCUCCCCAUUGGGAAAAGCUGCACCACUAGGCCAAUACAGCAAGAGGAAGAACAUGCCGAUGCCACCACAUGAAUAUGCAUCUCAGCAUGGACAAGGACGACAUGGAGAUGGUGUCAGUUUUAGUCAUUCGGAUGCCUAUAUUCGCGGACAUGCUGGCUACUCUCAGCACUCAUUACCUAGUUCUGGUCAUUCUAGUUGGAGACCGCAAAUAGCUUCCAGGAGUGGUUUUUCCGUGGAGGCUUCUUCUAGUCAUGGGCCUUCCCAAGCAUAUAAUUCACAUAAUGCUCCACCUUUGCCCUCAUUUGACGUAUUACCGGAUACAUCAGCUCCAUCAACACUUGAUCCUUCUGAUUGGGAUCCUAAUUAUAGUGAUGAGUCACUAUUGCAAGAAGACAAUUCAUUGUCAGCUGAUUUAAGCAGCAACCUUCAUCUUAGGGAUGCAACUUCUAUGGAGCAGGUCAACAACUGCACUCAGGCUCGCAUGGGAGGGGCACCCGUCCUACUGUUCCAAUCAGUUACGGUGGUUUCAACCCUCCGAAUUAUCCUCAGCAAAGUCUCCGGGGUCGCCAUGGACAUCAAUUUCUCCAACCGAGAUACAACCAGCCAACUAACAGUCACAUGCGGCCACCGAUGGGGAGUCACCAAAGUGGGCAGCCUGCAUGGCCUCCCUAUGGCAUGGGCGAGGGAGUGCCCUGGGGCCGCCGUCGCCGUCUCCGCUCCCCCGGUGGCCCUCUCCUCGUCGGAGCUCGGCAUCCCGGGCAUUCACUUGGUCCAGGAGUUCGUCACCGCCGCCGAGGAACAGGAGCUACUUGCUGCUGUGGACAGUAGGCCGUGGAAAAGGUUGGCGAAAAGGCGAGUUCAGCAUUACGGUUAUGAGUUUCUGUAUGAAACCAGGAAUGUUGAUUCGAAGCAGUUCUUGGGUGAGUUGCCAUCUUUUGUUUCAAAAGUCCUCGACAAAAUUGUGACAUUCCCUGGUGUCAAGAAUUGUACUGGCAAACUGGUGGAUCAAUUGACGGUAAAUGAAUAUCCUUGUGGUGUAGGUUUGUCUCCACACAUAGACACACACUCAGCAUUCGAAGAAAUGAUUUUUAGUCUUUCUUUGGCUGGACCUUGCAUUAUGGAGUUCAGACAAUACCCGAAAGGCAGUUGGCGUGCUCCAAGUGUGGUCAGUGGAGCUGAUGAAGGUAGUAUCCAAGAUCCACAAUGCACGCGGAAAGCUGUAUUUCUACCUCCUAGGUCAAUGUUACUCAUGUCUGGAGAAGGCCGAUAUGCUUGGCAUCACUAUAUACCACACCAUAAGGUUGAUGACGUGGCUGGUCAAGUCAUUAAAAGAAAUUCGCGAAGGGUUUCCUUCACUUUACGAAAGGUGAGGAUGGGUCUUUGUGAAUGUGAAUAUGGGCAAUUUUGUGAUUCACAGAGCAAGUAAGAUAUCAACAUUGGAUUAAGGAUAAGAUCUUGAACAUUACCUGCUACACCAUUGGCGAAUUCAUUAUCACCAAUCACAGGCUGGUGAUCUGGUGGGUGAUGUUUCAUAGGACUGAACCACUCCAACUAAGGAAAGUCAGCUGAAGCAUAUUUGAGCAAACCAAUAGAUAGUGUCACCAUUCCAGCAAGUUUUGUAUCUUGUAGCGAACUAAGUUUGAGUCUGAAAUUCUCAAAUGAGUCAUGUAAUUUGCCACCCGGAGGCCUGAUUUAUCCAGUUGAGAUAUUUUUGUUGUAUUUGUACAACUACAGUGAUCACCAUUUAUUCUCAUAUUGUUGAUAUCGUUGUGGAAUUCAAUGAUAUCAUGUCAAUGUU